AAUUACAUAGUUCAUUUCACCAUUUUAAAUUAUAUAGUUCAUUUCACCAUUUUAAAUUACGUUUGACGGCUAGAUAUCCCGGUUGCUAAAGCUCGACUUUCAUACAUACCCACAUAAGUUCUGUCUUCUGUAUAACUGUCAUCGAGUUAAAUUUGAGAGCCCUAGAAUUUAUUUAUUAAACCAGGUGAACUAUGGAUGGAACAUCGAUGUUAAUAUGAAUCCCAGCACCCCAUCUCCGUCUCCUCUUGCAUCUUCUUCAACAUCAGGAUCAUCAUCUUGGUUUUCCGGUAUUGUACGUGGUCGCAAGUCAAACAGUAAUACAAUGGCUAACAAAUCCGCUGUUGCCGGCGUCGGGAACGGCGGCGGUGACACUGUUGGCCCAAUCAAUCGGAAGAAUCAGUUCCGUGGAGUCAUGUUCAAGUACGGCUCUAAGCCUGCUCAGGUUGCAUUUAAAACUGGGGAUUAUAAACAACAAGUCGUUUUUAUUGGCGGAUUGACAGAUGGGUUUUUGGCUACAAAAUAUUUGGAACCUCUGGCAAUUGCUUUAGACAAAGAAAAAUGGUCACUGGUCCAGUUUUUGCUUUCAUCUUCUUACAGUGGGUAUGGCAUCUCGAGCUUGAAAGAGGAUGCCCUUGAGCUUGAUCAGUUGAUUAAUCACUUGAUAAACAAAGAAGAUUCAGAAGGUGUUGUGCUGCUUGGGCAUAGUACAGGCUGCCAAGAUAUUGUUCAUUACAUGCGUACCAAUGCAGCAUGCUCUAGAGCUGUUCGUGCUGCUAUUUUACAGGCUCCAGUUAGUGAUCGGGAAUUCAGAGCAACUCUCCCUGAAACUGCUGGAAUGAUAGAUUUGGCUUCAAAACUAAUAAGUGAAGGUCAAGGAUUGGAGUUAAUGCCCAGGGAAGCAAAUCCAGAUUCCCCAAUAACUGCAUAUAGAUUUCACUCCCUUUGUGCAUAUAUGGGUGAUGAUGACAUGUUCAGUUCUGAUCUCAGUGAUGACCAACUGAAACAGAGACUUGCUCACAUGAGUAAUACACCUUGCCAGGUCAUAUUUUCUAUGGCAGAUGAAUAUGUACCAGAUUAUGUUGACAAGAAAGCUUUGGUACAGAGAUUGUGUAAAGCAUUGGGGGGUGCAGAGAAAGUUGAGAUAGAAUGGGGAAACCAUUCUCUAUCCAAUAGAGUUGACGAAGCUGUCCAGGCAAUAAUGCAAUUUGUGAAGAGUGGGGGUCCUAAUGGCUGGGAUGACCCUUGGAGCUAAGUCAAAACGAAUAGGUCAUGUUCAUAUUCACCACUUCUAGUGCUGGAUUUGAUCAUCAUGGAGGAAGGAUUUGGCAAUAUCAAGUGGUAGCCAUUUGGUUGUUGCAUUCAAAAUUCAGUGAAAUCUGAAAGAAUUGGAAUGAUUUAUUCUUUUGUUUGGUAUGUAAUACAAGGAACUGAGUUCAUUCAAAAUCCCAUGAAUAGAGUUUUAUCAUUCCAUACAUUUUGGGUGGAUUUUGUCAUAGUCAACUAGUUCAUCCAUUUAUUUAGCCAAUUGGCUGAUGUGACAUUCCACGUCACCAGUAGUUAUCUGACUUGGACUUGUGCAGUGGAAGGAGAGAGGAUUGAUAUACUACUCAAGUCUUGGGUUAUUUUUUUCUUUUUUCUUUAAGGGUUGUUUGGUUUUUGAGGGUUCAUUGGAUGAUGUACACAAUGUAAUUUUAGAAGCAUGCUUUUGGAUGUUUUAUCUUUAGGAUGAAUGGAAGUUGUUUAUGUUCAUGAA